ACAGUCAAUCAGGAGGGUUGUGUCGGUUGAUCUGACUCCUGGAAGGGUGUCACCUCCCCCGUUUUCACUUGCGUUCACGUCGUGGACGCCGCGUGUCCUGCGCGUUUUGGCCGCUAAAUCAGCCCCGCGGCGUGGCUGCGCUCCGGAUCCAGACGAUUUCUCGGACUUUUUGAGACAAAAAGAGGCCAACUUCCGUCUUUUGGCGCAUCGUGGGGGUCGGAGUGUCGGCGUUUUGGGCAGAAAUCGGGCGCAGAGGGUGCACCUUUGCGCAGAGGACUGGUUUCAGUGCGGAGUGGCUCCGCUGGGGUGCACAAAGACAGCGGCUCGCAGAGGAACUUGUUCAGAGUGAAGCCGGGGACGCUGGGAGGCGAAAUAGCAACGCGCCGGAGCUGAAGUAGCGACGAAUGCGCGGUUUGAGCGGCCGAACGGCGACUCUCCUCUCUUCGUCUGGGAAAUCCAAGGCCGGUCAGGAAGUCCAGGAGGAACGGGAGCUACGUAUGGAUACCCGGCAGACAGCGGGGAUGCGGUCGGGAAAAGAGGAUCUUAAGAAACAUUUGCGGGCCUCCGCUUCAGAAAGCUGGGAGCCCGAAGACUCUCAGAUGGAAAUAGAUGAAAAGGGGGAUUUCGAUGCCCAUCCUCAAGCCAAGUGGAAGCCUAUCCCUCCUCUGCUACCCGACUCGCUGGAGCAUCACAUUGACCCCUCGGCUAAGACCAGGAACCAGAGCUGCCAGACGGAGGAGCAGCUCGAGGACGGCACCCCCUGCAGCCACCACACAGGUUUAUGUAUGGAGCCUGGCGAUCCUCCUCUGCUUCAGCAGCCUCUGCAGACCUCCAAGUCUGGGAUUCAGCAGAUCAUUGAAUGCUUCAGAUCAGGCACCAGCCAGCUGAAGCACAUGCUGUUACGGGAGGUGGACACCAUCUUUGAGUGUAAAAUUUGUCGCAGUCUGUUCAGAGGCCUGCCCAACCUCAUCACGCACAAGGAGUACUACUGCUUGUCCCGGAUGCCUGAGCACGACGGUUCGCCGGGCGAUGACAGACACAGUGUGGCCAUAAAAGACAUGCUGGACGUCCGAUACCCCAGAGUGGAGCGGUCGGAGUGCGUGGUCCGGCUGGAGCCCAUUCAGACCACCACCAAGGCCGUGUAUCAGUACCUCACCACGGAGGAGGAGCUGGCCAGAUAUCCAUCACACACAACCAGUGCCAGAGAGAGUCCGGUAGCUUGGGAGGGCGAGGCGACAGAAGGCGCUGACAGCAACCCGACCAACCAGCUUAGUGGACAAGAGAAUCUCGGCAGCGCAACAGAGGAGGAGGCCAAAGAGGAGCAGCAGCAACCAGAAGACGAAGGCUCCAACAGUGGAGUCGAAGACGUAACCAUCUCCUGUUGUCUUUGCGGACAAGACUUCAACUCUCGCCGCAGCAUCAGGCGCCACUGCCGCAAAAUGCACCAGACGAAGCUGGAGGAGCUCAGAAAGUACACAGAGACUCGGACGGUUCCUACGAGUCUGCUCUCCAUGGUAAAAGGUCGACAAAGAACCCUCAGCACACCGACUGGAAAGUCCUGCCCAGUGUGCCUCAAAAGCUUUGCAACCAAAGCCAACACCCGGCGCCACUUUGAUGAGGUUCACCGAGGCCUGCGGCGGGACUCCAUCACGCCCGCCGUCGCCCUGCGGCCCGGUCAGCCCUUCCCCUUGGAAACCACGCCUCCGAGGAAGAGCAACAGCUCGUCGCCGACGCGGAGCCAAAAGUCCACGCCCGUGAGCUCCAAAUCCACGACUUCAACGCCGAACCCAAGCAAGCCUCAGAGCCAGCCGUCGGCGCCCGCUCAGGCCGGGACGGGCUCCUGCCGCUGCACGGUCUGCAAGAGGAACUACAGCUCUCAGCUCAUGUUGAAGAGACACAUUCGUAUAGUUCACAAGACCUACAACAUGAAGAGCGACCGCGUCACGGCGAGGCAGACUCCCACACCUCCAAACCCUGCCAGCACCAGUGUGAGCCCCAGCGACAACCCUGCGGUGAAGGAGGAAGUUGUGGAGCGGUCCGAUGAGGAGCAGGAGGAAGAGGACUCCGACAGCAGUCCGGCGCCUUCUCCUAGUGACAGCACGGGCACAGCUAAAGGAGGUUUGGCUAAUCCACCGAAAGAAGAGAAGGAAGAAGAAGAAGAAGAAGAGGAGGAGGAGGAAGAGGAAGAGGAGGAGCAGCCACCAAGUCCUAAGGCGGCAGCAGCAGCACCACCGUCUGCUUCCCGUGCGGAUCAUGGCACCACCGGGAGCGUGGCUACUAAAAUUUCCAAACUGUCGGUGGGUUUUGACUUGGAGCAGCUCUUCUGCAAACUCUGCAAACGGCAGUUCAGCUCCCGCCAGAACCUGACCAAGCACAUCGAGCUCCACACCGACGGCAACGACAUCUUCAUCAAGUUCUACCGCUGUCCGCUCUGCCGCUACGAGUCCCGCCGCAAGCGGGACGUCCUGCGCCACGUGACCGUCGUCCACAAGAAGUCCUCCACGUACCUGGCUAAGAUCAUGCCCAAACUGGAGAGCAGGGCGGUGAAGCGGCUCGCCGAGGUCGUCCUCAGCAGCUCUAACAAGAGGACGAGCACCAACGAUAAGGAGGAGGUGAACGGGCGCCCCGCCUCACUCUCCUCCACGCCGUCGUCCCCCAUCGCCACCCGAAAGCAGGAGUCCUCCACUCCCGUCCCAGCUACCUCACCCGGCUCCUCGCUCGCCCCUAUCACCCGGAAGCAGCAGGAGCUGUCUGCGGCGGCGAGCGCCAGCGCGUCUCCUCCCGUCACCCGCAAACAAGAGAGGCUGCAGCACCGCCCCGUCAGCCCGCCCCUCACCCGCCGCAGCGAGAAGCACUCGCAGCAGCGGAACGCCGCCUCCGCCACGCUGGUCAGCAGCCAGACCCCCAACACCCGCAGGCACGAGUCCGGCUCCGACAGCAGGGCGUCCUCCACCGAGGUCAAAGUGACGAAAAACUUCUCCCUGCACGCGUGUGAUCAGUGUGGGCGGGCCUUCGCCAAGAAGCUUUACUUGGAAUCUCACAAGCGAAGUCAUCGGAACGCGGCGGUGGCGGCAGCCAGCAGGAGGAAAGGUGUCAGCACCCGCUCCAAGUCCCUGAUGUGGUGAAGCCCACCCGGAUGGAAGACUCAAACCACUAAAGGAGCAAAUGAAGACUCGACUAGAAAAAAAAGAGGAUUCUGGGAAAAGGUCGACAAACAGGAAGUGGUGGAAGUAGAGAAGUGACGCACACUUACUGCACAAUUAAACUGUCGGAAACAAACUGUAAAAACUGUAGUUUUUCCAUGAAAUCAGGCAGACGAGGACCCACAGCCACCGGAGUGACGGGAAGACUCCCCCCUGCUGGAUUAACUGUGUAAUUACAUGCUAGGAGACGGACACAAACACGUUUGCUGCUGCCUUUUGUGUGUGAAUGUGUGUGAGAAUGGGUGAAGAAUUUCCACAAAAUACAACUUUUUUGUGUUUUCUUCCUAGAAAACUUCAGUUUUUCUCUACAAAUCUUAAAAAACAAACUCUUUUACAGAAACAUCCAAAAUGAACACAUUUUCCUGCACUGUAUUGAAUCAAUUAGCAAAAGUUUUGUAAUUUGUUUCAUUUAAAAAUACUAGUUUUAUUGAAUUACAUCUUUUUAAUUGAGUAAACUAUCAACUAAAAAAAUUAAUUUGAGGAAAAUAAUUAUUUUAAAUGUAACAAAUGACAGAACUUUUAUUAAUUGAUCCACUAUUUUCCAUGGGACACACAUUCAGUUGAGUGUUUACAUACUAUUUGCUUUUAUUUUUAAUUUUUGUACUUACUCUCCUCGGGUCAUUAAAUUUACCGUUUAAGGAGUGUUUAAAGAUUUGAACAGAUUUUUGGAAAAGUCGAACAUGAACGUUGGAUUUUACCCUUCAACCGUCGCCCUCGCCUGCGUCCUCAGUGCCUGAAUCCCAGCUGUGGUCCAAGCCGACGGAAUCAGACGUCUGCUUCCUCUUACGUUUACACGAACCUCUCUGCUACUAAAAGUGAAGAAAACAAAACACUGGAGCUUAUUUAAAAUGAACUGUUGGGGAACUCCUGCAUCAGUUCUGCUUAGAAUUUAUUUUCUUUACAUAUUCUAUGGGUUGAAAAGCCUUCAGGUAGUCGUUGAAAACACUGGUGACUGAAAGCUGGAAGGAAGACCAAAUGUAGGAACGCCAGGAAUGAAAAUAGAAUAAAGACGAAGACCAAACUUUAUUUUUUUUAACAGCAAAUGCUUGUGCAAAAAGGUCUUGACUACUUAUACUGUACAUAUGAUCUCAUCCUGCGCGGAUGCUGAGAGAGAUAGUUCUGAUAAUCACUCCUAAUAUUAUUAUCCACACGUGUUGGUUGACUGAAUGCUUCAAAAUAAGUUUGUUGAAAAUCUUGGGGCAGAUUUUUUUGUUGUUGUUGUUGUUCAUCCUUUAGUUGUGUAUUUAUUCUUUUACUUUGAAGGACAGCUUUUUGUUAAGUUAAACCUCAAAAGGCUUUUUAGAUGUUUGUUUUUUACUCUUUAGUUCUAAUGUUUGAAGCUCGCUCUGUAGAAAACUUCAGAAGAGUUAGAAAAGCCUUUCAGAUGUCCCAAGAAUGUUCAAACCAAACACUUAAUAAAAACAUAAGACUUUAAA